AUGUCCAGCAACCCCACGACAGUGGACUUGUUGUCGGAUUUCGAUCCCCUCCGUGAAGCACCGACACUCUCUCAGACAUUCCACGGAAAUGAUGAGUCCCCAGCCCCGGUGGUGCUCGUUCAGGGACGAAAUGAGCUAGUUGUGGCACGAGAUGUGCCAAAGAACGACAGCUUGCAGCAGGGAGUCUACAACAUCGAAGAGGUUCGGCGCGCCAGGGAUUUUGUCGAGAAACUACACCAUGGGCUUGAGCCCUCCAAUGUCACGUUGGCCAACAAGAUUGAGAAUGUGGUGGGCAAGAGCCUGGCUUCAGUUCUGCAUUUGAAGACCUCUCUUCCUGCAAGGCUUCAGAGUUUGUUGGCUGAUGUCCAACAGGUCCGCGCCGUGGAGGGCAAACGUGUUGUUGAUAUCAUCGAACGUUCUGGACUUAAAGAUGAUGAUGUGAAGAAUGCGCAGAACGGAAUUUCCCAAAUCCAGACGCAUAUCUUUGGUGAAAAAAUGAAUGAUUUGCUGAACAUGGUCCAGGAAUGUGAGGAAGAAUUCAGGAAGACUGAAGGAGGAUACGACCAAUGCAUGCAUGAACAGGAAGCCAACCUAUGUCGCACAUACAACAUCACGAAAUACAUCAAGUAUGUGUACACGCCCCUCAAAGUCAUCGUUGCACCUCCUGAUCUGGUUCUGUCUGGAAGCAUUUGUGUUUCCUUUGCCACUUCUGUUUCGAUGAAACACCGGCCGGGUCUUGCUUCGCUUUUUUUUGGGGCAUUCGGAUUUGCAGUUGCAACUCUGUCCACAAAGUUCUUAUCUCUGGGUCUCCGCUCGGAUUUUGAUCAGAUCCAGAUUGAAAAAAAAGAAAACUUGUCCGAAGUGCGGCAGAUCAGAAGCAUGGGGCAGCAGAUGGGGAACCAUCUCAAGACUAUCCAGGAUGACAUUCAGCGUCUUCAAGCGUGCCACACAAGAUUGAGCAUCUGA